CGGUGUCCCUGGUAACGAACAGCUGUUACAAUCAGUUUAAUUAGCAGGUGAAAAUUGUGUCUUUUAAAAACAUUAAUUAUACAAAAAAUAAACAAUAAAAUGGCCCUGCGACGCUGUCACUUGAACCCAAAGAAAACCCUCUUUCUGCUGUGCGACAUUCAGGAGAAAUUCCGACCCGCUAUGCCGCUUUUCGACAACAUGAUCAAGAAUGUGGACAAACUUACCAAGGCGGGAAAGGCUCUGGAUGUUCCACUGAUUGUCACCGAACACUAUCCGGAAAAGCUGGGAAAAACUGUGGCGCAACUGGAUGUGAGUCAUGCAAAGCUGGUCUCCGGAAAAACCCUCUUCAGCAUGUUUACUCCGGAGGUCAAGGCUGUGAUCAAGGAUAUUUUCAGUGACAAGCCGGAGGACGUGGUGUUGUAUGGCCUGGAGUCCCACAUUUGCGUGGAGCAGACUGCCAUUGAUCUCCUCGAGCAGAACAUCAACGUGUACAUAGUGGCGGACUGCUGCUCCUCCAGGCUGAACCAAGAUCGGGACUUGGCUCUGGAGCGGCUGCGCCAGGCGGGAUGUGUGAUCACUACCAGCGAAAGCGUGAUUUUCGACUUGGUGCGAGACAAGAACAACCCCAAGUUCGAUGUGGUCCGGAAACUGGUGAACCAGCCCUCGGUGGAUAUGGAACUCACGCGCAAAGGGAACGGAUUGCCCGUGGGCAGUGCCAAGCUGUGAGGCAACCGCUUUUGUUCAUACAUAUAUGUGAUGAUGCCAAUUGCAUUUAUAUAACCAUCA